AUGUAUUCAAAUGCCGUGAAGAUUUCCGGCCUGAAUGAUUACCUUAAUCCUGGAGAAGAAUGCGUUUUGCCCCUGUUAAAGAGUGAUAAGAAGUAUGAAAUAAAGCUAAAUGAUAAAAUUUUGGAUUCAGAGACCCCAAAUAAAGGAUAUUUGGGUGAAGAUUUGCUAAAUAAUGAUAUAUAUAAAAACAAUAAACUAAAUGUAACAACAGUCGAUAAAAAUAAAAGGAUAACAGUUGGACUGAGUGAUUGCCUCUCCUGUUCAGGAUGCCUAACCUCGUCAGAAGAGAUACUUUUGAAGGAUGAAAACCACUUUAAAGUUCUUGAGAAAAUGAAAACCAGUGAUUUCUGUGUCAUUUCAAUAUCCCCUCAGACUAUUUUCAUGCUUUCAAGCCACUAUAAUAUGAAGGCGGAAAAGGCUUUUAGAAAGUUAUGUUAUCUGUUUAGGUUUCUGGGAGCUAAGUUGGUAUUUGAUAUAGGUCUGGCUGAAUUGUUAUCGUUGACCCAAAGUAAAGAUGAAUUCAUUGAUAAAUACUACAAUAACAAUACCGUUUCAUCCACAAGUUCAAGUGACCUUGGUGUCAGUAACAAAAUAGUAAACGGAAUUAAUAAGGAUUUAAACGGUGAAAAUACUCGAGAGAGGAGAUUAAAUUUACCAAUAAUAACUAGUCACUGUCCUGGUUGGACUUUGUAUGCCGAGAAGACUCUGGAUCAGGAAUUGGUAGACCUAAUAAGUAAGGUUCCGAGUAGUCAAGUUAUACAAGGACUACUGGUCAAGAUUUUAUCGCACACGAUCAAUUAUUACAAAACAAUUUACCAUAUAAACUACCUGAAACUAUUUAUUUCUUACUCAUUUCUUAAUAGUUUUCUAACUGAUGCAAAAAACUAUAAUACCGAUGGUCAAAAUAAUAUAAUAAACAAUUUCAAACUCACCAAUACAAACACCAAAAUAUAUCACAUAUCAAUUGUACCCUGCUAUGAUAAAAAGUUCGAAACUAUAAGAACGGAAUUCCAGUUAAAUUUUAAUUCUCUGUUUUCACUUUAUCAACCUGAUUCAAAUCCUACUACUUCUAGUGACCCAGAUGACUCUCAAGCUUUAGAAAAGGAACCCUUGGUUGAUGAUAUACUUUCAACUUCUGACAUUGAGAGUAUAUUGAGUAGUUUGGGUUUAAAGUUUACUCAAUUAAAAGAGGAACCUCCAGAUCACCUCGUUAAUUUUCUCUACUUUUUCAACAAGUUCAACUCAAUAUCUAGUCUAAAUAUCAAACAUAACCUAAACUUACCCACCUAUGAUAGUAAAGACUAUAAUCACUUGAAGAGACUGAUUAGAUGCUCUGGACUUUAUGCUCAAAGCGGAGGAUUCGCUGAGGAAAUAUUCAAGCAUUCAUGUAAACAGCUGUUUAACAUGGACCUCGAUAACAGUAACUUAAAAUUCACUGAAACAAUCAACAAUGAUUUUAAGGAAUGUGUUCUUUUGGACGAGAAUAAUGACGUGUUGUUGAGGUUUAUAAUAGCAUACGGUUUUAGAAACAUUCAGAAUAUCAUCAAGUUGCUUAAAUCCCACAAAAGCACCCUUGAUUCUAGUGGAAAUUAUUACCAGAAACAACCUGAUGGUUUAGGUAAUCGAAACGGAAAAGAUUUUGUGUGCGAUUAUGUUGAAUUGAUGGCCUGUCCCGGAGGCUGCUUCAACGGAGCAGGCCAGGCACUUCAAUCCACUCAAAGUGAUCAAGAUUCUGAAAAGUCUCUUUUCUUGAAUCUUACUUCACUCAUUCCUGAUUUUAUCCAUAAAAAGUUCUUUAAGAAUUUAAAUUUAUCAAAAACUCAGCCCAUUCAAGCUACAAGCUCCUCAGCAUUUGAGAAAUUUUUAAGUGAAACCGACCACGUUGGGACCGAGGAUCAAGUUUGUCGAUAUUUUUCAAAUUUAUUAAAGGUCGUUCAGUCCAGGUGUGACUUUAAUUUAAAGCUUAGUUCUCAGAAAAAUACGAUGAACCUUAAGUGGUGA